AAAAUACUUUCAAAUUUUCAACAAAAUUCUAAACAAACAACUUCUAGCUAUAUCACUUCAAACUCCAAGAAAAUCAGUAGCUUGUAACAUGCUGACACGUGUCUAAAAAUGAACUCGAAUUCGUACUCAUCAGAUGUUAACCCAGAAAGUGCAACAACAACAACUUCCGAUGAGGAAGGAAUACUAUUAUUAGCUUCGAACCGGCCCAAGAAACGUGCUGGGAGGAAGAAGUUCAAGGAAACUCGCCAUCCAAUUUAUAAGGGAGUGAGGAGGAGGAAUAAUAACAAGUGGGUUUGCGAGGUACGUGAGCCUAGUGAGCAAAAAAGAAUAUGGCUAGGAACUUACCCUACUCCUGAAAUGGCGGCUCGAGCUCAUGAUGUAGCUGCAUUAACACUUAGAGGUAAUCUAGCCACUCUAAACUUUGCUGACUCUCGUUGGCGGUUGCCAGUUCCGGCAUCAAAGGACCCCAAGGACAUACGUCAGGCGGCAGUUAUAGCUGCACAAGGUUUUUCUCAAGAUACUGAAUUAGUUGGAGUCGACUAUAUGAAUGAGGAAGUUAUAAAUUCCAGUACUAAAGAAGUAAAGUACCAAGAGAUUGAUAUUGCGAGGGCUGAUAAUGGAAGUAGUAGUGAUUUUGGAGCGAAGGAAUUGAAUAUGGAUAUGGAGAACAUUUUAUGUUGUAAUUGGGGAGAAGAUAACGAGAUGUUGGAGAUGGAAGGAUGGCGAGAAAAGAUGGCGGAGGGGCUUUUGUUUUCACCAACUCCGCGUUUAGGUAGUUGUUUCAGUUGGGAUGAGGUGGAAAGUGACGUCGAGGUGUCUUUGUGGAGUUACAAUAUUUGAUACUAACUAGCCCGUUAGUUACAAGCUAGGAGUAGCAUUUUACAAAAGGCAUAAUACAUAAAUAUGACCCUUAACUUGAUUUCAGCUGGCAACUAUGACAUCUAACUUUACUAGUGCACAAGUAGGCACUUUAACUAUACAAAACUAUAACAAAUAGACAUAUUCGUCCUACAUGACAAUUUUGUGUCCUACGUGGCAUCCUACGUGUAUUGUGUCAUGUAGGCCACGUGUGUCUACUUGUUCAAUUUUAUACAAGUUUAAGUACCUACUUGUGCACACUCAAAGAUGGAGGACAUAAAUGUGAAAUGAAGUCAAGUUAAAGGGCAUAUUUAUGUAUUAUGUCUUUAAAAAAAGGGAAAAAAAGAAGGGAAUAGUCAACUAGAAUGAUGUUAUUAUAUACAUUGCAAAUAUAUAUAUUCAUAUUACUAUUUCCAUAUA